AUGAUAGCUAUAAAAUGGAUGGACAAACGGGAAGUAUAUAUGUUAUCAACUAUUCACGACUCACGAAUGGUAGCAAUCAACAAAAUUGAUCAUAAAACAGGAAGACAAAUUAUGAAACCUGCCUGUAUUCAGAAUUAUAAUGAAAAUAUGGGAGCAAUCGAUUUAGUUGAUAUGCAGUCAAGUUUUACAGAAUGCAUUAGAAAAACAAUAAAAUGGUAUAAGAAGUUAUUUUUCCAUAUAGUUGAUAUGGCUUCAAUCAAUGCUUUCCGUUUAUAUAAAACAAAAAAUUCGAAGAAUAUUCAACCGAGAGACUUUCGUCUUCAACUGAUAAAAUAUAUUCUAUCAAAGUAUGAUAACCAAAAACGAAUUUCUAUCGGCAGACCAACAAUUGAUUCGCCACUACGUUUAUCUGCUAGACAUUUUCCAUCACUUGUUUCUCCUACUACCUCAAAAGCUGCUGCGCAGAGGAAAUGUUUUGUAUAUUCACUUGGUUAUCAAACUCAAUAUCAAAACGACCGCAUAUCGGCACAUAAUAUUCACAAAAUUGCCGCAUUAACCUUCAACCACGCAAAUGUGGUUAGAAAUGCAUUUGAACGGUUAUCCAUAAGUCUUGGCGAUGAUUAUGAAAAUAUUAUUGAUUAUUUUGAAGAAGAGCAUAUAUUGGUAUGUAGUCGUGGGUGUUUAUCGUUAUAG